UUAACAUCUUAUUUACGGUCUGUUAUGUUAUUUUCCUGUUUCAAAUACUUCACUGACAUGACAUCAGGCUUGCCGCACUCACGUUAAUGAGACUAACUAUCUGCCGGUGUGAAGCACUCAUGGCAGGUUCCACGCCAGGGUCCGGGAUUAGGAACCGUCAUAGGAACGUGCACGAGGGUGCAAACGCACUGCUGCUCCUCACGCUGCUCACCUGCACACUCAGGUGUUCAGAAUGCACCAAAGCCAGCAACAUAGUUCUUAUUGUUGCCGACGACCUGGAUCUGGAUCUCGGGGGACUGACACCUAUGAAAAGAACAAGAGCUCUGAUUGGUGAUGCUGGUGUCACCUUCUCCAGUGCGUACACAGUGACGCCCCUAUGUUGCCCCAGUCGAAGCAGUAUCCUCUCAGGGAGAUAUGUACAUAAUCACAUGGUCCACAACAACUCCUUGUCGGGCAACUGCAGCAGCAAAGCAUGGCAAGCUGGCCCUGAGACCCAGGCCUUCCCAGUCUACCUCAGCAAGCAGCUGUAUCAGACCUUCUACGGAGGGAAGUACCUGAAUCAGUAUGGAGCAAGUGAGACUGGAGGAGUGGGUCAUGUUCCUCCUGGCUGGGACCAAUGGCAUGCACUGGUGGGCAACUCUAAGUACUACAAUUAUACACUCUCUGCCAAUGGGAAAGCAGAGAUUCAUGGGGACAACUAUGAAAAGGACUACCUCACAGACCUUAUUCUGAACCGGUCGCUGACAUUCCUGGAGGACCGAAGUCCCCAGCGUCCCUUUUUCAUCAUGCUGUGUCCACCAUCCCCACACUCUCCCUGGACCGCCGCCCCUCAGUAUCAGAACAACUUUGUUGACGUCAAGGCCCCACGUGACGGCAGCUUCAACAAACCCGGCAAGGACAAGCACUGGUUGCUGCGGCAGCCCGUGAACCCUAUGCUCAACAGCUCCAUCGAUUACCUGGAUAACGCUUAUCGCAAAAGGUGGCAGACUCUCCUCUCUGUGGAUGACAUGGUAGAGAAACUGGUAAACAAACUGGAAGACAUAAAGGAGUUGAACAACACCUACAUUUUCUUUACAUCUGACAAUGGAUACCAUACAGGUCAGUUCUCCCUCCCUACUGACAAGAGGCAGUUGUACGAAUUUGAUAUCCGUGUGCCGCUUUUGGUACGGGGACCCGGAAUUAAGCCCAAGCAGACUCUGCAGGACCUAGUGGUGAAUAUCGACCUGUCUAUGACAAUUCUUGACAUUGCUGGAGUUAAUAUCUCUGCCUUGAAUAUGGAUGGACAAUCGUUUCUACCCCAGCUUACUCCAUCGUUGCGUGGUGGGACGUCUCGUUCGUACUUCUUGGUGGAGUACACUGGUGAGGGCCACGUGCCUGAGGACCCCCACUGCCCCAGAUUAGGUCCCGGGCUGGCUAACUGCUUUCCAGACUGCAUUUGCCAAGAUUCCUUCAACAAUACAUAUGCCUGCGUUAGGACCCUGAAGGGCGACAACUUGCAGUACUGCGAAUUUGCCGACAACGAGUCAUUCGUGGAGAUGUACAACCUGACGGCUGAUCCGUACCAGCUGGAGAACAUCGUGAAGAAGGUGGAUCCAACCCUGCUACAGACCAUGAACCAGAGACUCAUUAAGCUGCAGUCAUGCCAGGGCAAGAGUUGCCAGGAUCUAAAAUAAUGAUCACUGAUCACAAACCCGUCCUGUUCAAGCCAAAGUAUGACACUCUAUUACUCGAAACCAACUCAAGUAUGCGUUCGCCAAAUGUCUUUAUCAGAAUAUUUCAUUGGAUGAAUGUUACUUUUGUGAUUAAUAACACACAAACCUGCCAUGACGUGUUUAUACAGGACCUUUAUUGAUAUGCUUUGUUUCAAUCAGAUUUACUUGAGUUAAGAAAACCUUGACCAUGAUUAAUUUCUUGUGUGGUAAUUGAUGUGAAUGAAUUGCUGCAUAUCAAAAUAAAUUUUUAAACUUAACAUUUUCAAAAAUACAGUCAGAGAUAGUAUAUAAUUAGAGUUAUAGAGAUAAUUUGUAAAUCUAUAGUUUUUCUUUAAAAAUGUGCCUAAAGGUUUGGAAGAAAAUGCAACAUGUGGAGACAUCAGAUCUUAACUCCACAUUCUGAUCUGGUAAGGUCAUGUACAAAAAAUGACUCCCUCAAAUGUGAAUAUCUCCAUAGCAUGAGUCUGGAGAUGUGUGCUGUUACAUCUCACAUGGCAUGCUGACAUGUUUCGCUGCACUGAGUCAUGGUUUUCAUGGUUGUUCUUUUAGGGUGUUUGUGGCCCUAAUAAGGUCCUACUCGUAUUCAUCGUGGUUUUGCCUGAGCAAAGUUCUUUUCAGCACUUUUUACACGCAGUGGAACAUUACAACUAUGUUGUGGCUAUUCAGCUGAAAUGUGAAGCAGUUGAGAGCCUUUAUAGUUUUAAUAUUCUAUACGUGUUAAUUAUGGGUACAAACACCUGGUUGUUAUUCACACUGUCUUCAGUGUCCUCCUUUUCUUUGUGUGUGAAUCUGGUAACACAUUCCAAGUCUGGGAAGAGAUUCUCCAGUGCCAUAACAAUGUCCUUUUCUAAAUGGGAUGGUUUCAACAUUUGGCAAGGGGAAUGUUGGAUGUGUUAAGGAAACUGUAGGAUUUAGACGGUGUUUUAUGAUUGUGCCUUGCCUUCUGCACUAAAAUAGCAGAGGUGCCUUUGUGUGACAAAUAUAUUUUUGUCACAAAUAUUCCAAAUUUGUGUGCAGUCACUCUUUCCAGUUUAGUCCUGUUUUAGACCAAGAAAAACAAACACAAAUUCCUAAGAAAAAUCACAUCCAGUGUAGUUUGAAUGUAAAUUUUUGCUUUUGGCAAAAAAAGUACAACUCAGGACUUGAAACAAGACUAAAAAUUUGAAAACCCCUUUAUGCCAAAUAGGUUUAAUUAAUGAUUUAUAUUAAGAAUGUUGAGAAUGAAUGUGCUUGCAUGUUUGUUUUUCCAAGUUCCUUUCCUCCAGUGCAAGGCCUUGAUGUUGUUGAAGAUGUGUUCAUUUGUUGAACACAACUGAUUAACACCGCAAUAUUUUUUCUGCUUUUUUUUGGUUUGCUCUACUCUGUGGAAGACUUUCUGAUCAGCUCAUUAUGGAAUGUGUAUUUGAAGAUGUAACUUUAGAACACGUUUGGCUUGUACUAGAUUAAAUCUGAGACUACUGCAAUAAAAGUUACUCUAAUGGAAA